UCCAAAUAAUUAAAAAAACCACGUGUAGUUUAAAAAAUCCGUCCAAUCAAAAAAAUCAUGUCCUCCAAUUGUGUGUGUCAAAAUUUAUUGCUCCCUAUCUCUCUCUCACUCAACAAAACCAAACAGUAUAUUGGGGAUUCUUUUCUAUUUCUCAUAAUAAUUAACUUGAUUCAACUUCUCAUCUUCAACCAAAUUAGAGAUAAGUGUAUGAGAUCCAAGCGAUGGGAAGAAGGAAGAUUGAGAUGAAGCGAAUUGAAGAUAAAAGCAGCCGUCAAGUAACGUUUUCAAAACGGCGUUCUGGAUUGAUCAAGAAGGCUCGAGAACUUUCCGUUCUGUGUGAGGUUGAUGUUGCGGUUCUCGUCUUCUCUAAUCGUGGUCGCCUUUACGAAUUCGUUAGCGGCUCCUCUUCUUCCUCCAAUUUGUCUCAGAUUCUUAAGCGCUACCAAGAUUCUAUCGCCACAGAUGGGAAAGCUUCAAUGGUUGUUGAUGAAACAGAGAGUUCCCCUUCUACAUGCACAGAAGUUCAAACAUGUAGUGAACUAGUAAAAACAGUUGAAAGGUAUCUAGAAGGCCCAGAUAUUGAGAAACUUAGUCUGGAUGAUUUCAUGCAGAUGGAGAGGCAACUAGCUGAUGCCCUUCUACAGACAAGAAACCGAAAGGCUCAGCUUAUGCUAGAAUCUGUGGCUGCACUACGUGAAAAGGAGAGGGCGCUGAAACUAGAGAAUGAACAGCUGAAGGAUGAGGUUGCAAAAUUGAUGGGCAAUUCCAACAGAGGAAACCAGACCGAUUUAGAUUUAAAUGGUGUGAUGGAGGAGGGAGUGGAGGGUGAUGAUAUACGAGGCCCUCAGCCGGCUGCAAUAUUGAUGGGUAAUUCCAACAAUGAAAACAAUGCAGAUCUGGAUUUAAACAACGUGGUGGAGGCGAGUUCUCAUAUACAAUCCCCUCAGCCGGUUGCAAAAUUGAUGGUCAAUUUUAACAGUGGAAACCAAACAGAUUUAGAGUCAAACAACGUCGAGGAGGUGGGUGCACAUAUAGCAUGCCCUCAAUCGGCAGGGAAAAUCAGCAAUAUACUGAACAGACAGAGAACACGAAGACUUGGGUAUACUCGACUAGAACUAUAAAUAUUCGGACAGGCUUGACAGCUGAAUCCAGGCGAGGGUAGACGAAUACAGGUACAUUAUGUUGGUGCCUAAGACAUGUUAUCCUACUGAUAAGGUUUCAAACUAAUACCUCCCCUCUACGGACUACGGCCUCUAGUCAGUUAAGGUGUUCCACAUUGUAUAUCAUAUUGUAUAUCAAAAUCUUUUCGUUAGACCGGAAUCAUAAGGAUCCAUUACAUAAGUAAUCUUACCCUUAACCAGUCAAUUAUACUAUAAGUUCCAAUUUUCUAAAUAGCAUCCUUUGUUAGGGUUAGUUUUGUAUAAAUUUAUUAUCAUCAUAUACAGUCUAAAAUAAAAAAAAUUAAAAAAAAAAAAAGGCAAAUUAAUUGCAGUUAUCUGAAAUAAUCUGUUUCAUGCAAGUUAGCAAAUUACUAACAGUUAAAAAUGAAUGACAAUUGUAAUGAAAUGAAUGAUAUAAAAAGAAAUGCUUCGUGAUUGAAAUGAAAUAGAUUAAAAUUACUGUAAUUCAAAAUUUAAAUUGUAAAAUCAAUUGAAAUAAACAAUUAAAAUAGAAUGAAAUUACUUACCGUAAAUUGCAAUGCCUCAGGAUUUGAAACUCUGUUAUUGCACGCUUGAUUUGUUCCAUUGUCAGUCAAUUCAUCCAAGAGAUUGAAGUCUUCAAAAAGUUGAAAUUCCAAGUAUAAAGAUAUAUCUUCGGGUAAAUCUGUAAAAAGUAGCUUUAUGAGUUUGAUGAUGUAAUUUGAC